ACCGCUUUUACCCCUUUUAUUUAUUCUGACCCCCACACACACAUACAGUCUUAUUUACCCCACUUCUACUUCUAUAUUUCUCACUUUCCCAUGUUUUGCUUCCACUUCUUUUGCACUGUUUAUGCUUUUUUUACCCCACUUGUCCAUUUGUUUUGCCCCUAACCCCCUCAGUCUCUCAACCUCUUUCAUGGUCACAUUUUCUGCAUUGUUUUGUUGUUUGUUUUUAAUCCCUGUGGCUCCUUCACCUCUCUGUCCCGCAUCCCAAACCCCAGCACGAGCAACAUGAGCAGUGAAAACAAAAGUUUAUAGAUCACCCAUUAGGCUGGGUUUUAUUCCUCAUCUAUUUCCUAACCCAGUUAACCAAAACGGGACAGAAAAGGUUCUGGGGAAAUGUGAAGAAUCUGAUUUGUUUCAGUAGUUAUUUUUUUAUUUAUCUAUUUUAUUUUCUACAUUUUUUUCCACCCAACAUCUUGGUUAGAAGCAUGGUCUGGGUCGCUGCGUUAACAUCCCAGGCCGUAAACUUUUCUCUGACACGGGUGCUGAUCUGCAUGUCAAUGUUGGCCAGCCAUACACAUGCAGAUCGGGGACGGGAAGAGUUAUUGAGCUCUGUCCAACAUCUCGUUAAUAGUCAACCUGGACCAACAGCCCAAAAGAGCCCGGGUGUGCUGGAUCGGAUGUUUCAGAGCAGUUUAAUACAAAGUUUUUAAAACACACCAGCUUUUUCUAGAGGUUGAGAAUUUGUGAAUGUAUAAGGGGUUAACACCACCCCCCUCUCAACCAGCUGUUUUAUGAGACUGGAAAACCAAUUCACACGUUUGUGUAUUUGAAUACAGCUUGAAUACAGCCCUCGCCUGUCUCUCUUUACCAUCCCUCACUUUUUUUUAUAGCCCUGGUUGUAAAAGGUUACUUCCUCUCGGCACAGGUCAAUAAAAAGCUACAUGUUCUCCGAUGUUCCCGGACUGCACAGUUCCACAGGAAAUCGUUGAUUCGGUCAGAUGGAUCGCGGAGGCCACGUGGGCACCGUUCUCUCUCUGGAUCAGAUCCGCUCUAUACGUUCUAAGAACGAGUACACCGAAGGCCCUGUGACAUCGCCGGCAUCAUCGCCGUCAUCUACGACAUCGACGCGGCAACCAUCUGCGCCAUCAUCGUGGCGCCCAUCACCACCUCCACGGACGCUGAAGCACGAGAGGACUCACGAGGUCAUUGUGGUCAACGUCAACAACAACAAUUACGGAAGCAGUGGCACCAGUGGUGGUUUCUCUCCUUCCUCGGGAAGCUCACCACCUGUCUGCCAUGUGGUUAGGAUGCAGCCCAAAUCGCAGAUGGCGCCCUUGCGGCCUCUGUUGCCUCCCUCGGACACGCUCUUGAUGUCAAAGCAGGCGAAAUCGAAGGACGAGUCGUUGUUAUCAUCGUCCUCUUCAUCGUCCUCUUCAUCGUCGUCGCACCAGCUGAUCUGUGAGAGCUGCGGGAAGUGUAAGUGUGCUGAUUGCACUUCACCGAGGCCACUUCCCUCUCGUAUGGUGUGUGACGGCCAGUGUGUGUGCUCAGCUGAGAGUGUGCUGGAGCAUGGCACAUGCAUGUGCCUCGUCAAGGGCCUUUUCUACCAUUGCUCGAGUGAGGGUGGAGAUGAUGCGGGUGACUCGUGUGCCGACCGGCCAUGCUCACUGACACGGCCUCGCUGUCCUGCACGCUUCCUCUGCAUGGCCCUCAUGGCACCCAUCUUCCCGUGCCUGCUAUGCUACCCUCCCUGUAAAGGGUGCCUCAAAGUCUGUCAGGUGUGCCACGACCGCCUGCGUCGGCCAGGCUGUCGCUGCAAGAACUCAAACGCCGUCUACUGCUGGAGGGACGGCCAGGGACACACGCUCACACCAGGCAAACCUACCUGAGGACACACAAACGAGACACUAACAAACACGGAGCCGAAAACACAGGCACUAACACACACAGGAUUAAGGGCUUAUAAUUAUUAUUAUUACUUUUUGGCCCCAUUCGGCUUCCAUACUCAAGCUAAAACAUGCAGAGCCGAAUCUGUGCUAACACACAGCAGGGAGUCCAAAUCUACGCUAACAAACACACUGAAUGUGUGCCUGGCGUGUGCCGCUAAUUAGUUAUGCAAUGUCAAUAUCAUUAUCGUGGAUGCUUUGAAAUAUCGUCAGUGCCACUGUGGUGCAAGGACAGAUGUGUCCUUGUUUUUGCCAGCAUGACCAGUCCUAUUAUGCUCUGGUGUGCAUUGUGCAAAUAUCACAAAACAGUGCUAAGAUGUUGUCAUAUUGCAAUAUUAAAAGUGUAACACGGCACGUGCCUAAAAACAGCGCUAACAUAUGGUGCGGACCACAAACUGGGGGGUCCGCAGUCCCAGGACACACGACACCGAUCUGGGAGGAAGAGGACGGACAACAAUAUCCUGUUUAUGCUCUAAAUAAGCCCCGCCUAUUCCUCACCGAUCUGCUGCUAGGAGGAUGGAGGAUGAAAACAUAAAAAACCACUCGUUUUUCACUUGGCAGGUUUUUUUUUUUUCUUUUCUUUUUUUUAAAACAAAACCAGUGUUUGCCUUAAGCUGACUGUGGGUCUGCUCAGCUACUUGAUAAAGAGACAAAGUGAAAAAGGGGAAGAAGAAGAAAAAAGACAGAAGAAGAAAAUUUUUAAGUAAACGAGAGAGACAAACCGAACCGAAUCUGUGAAGGACUGUCCGGCCAGCCUAUAAUACUGUAGCUGUUCUCAGAUCGCCGUAGCAACCUGGUAUUGUUCCCACACAGAGGGCUUCCCGUGCCUUCCCGCGGGUCAUCUCCAUGGAAACGACCCCUCCGUCUGGUAGUGUUUCCGGAUGGACAGACGGGCGGACAUUCAAACACACACACACACACGCUCCGUGGCAUUUUGACUUUUUUUUUCUCCCUGUUCUUCUUGUUUUGUUGUUUCGUUUUCUCUCCCCCUUUCUCAUAUUUUUGUAAAAAAAAAAAUUGUAUGUUCAAAUCCAUCAGAGGAAUCCUGGCUAUUUUUUAAAAAGUUACAAAAAAAAGAAAAUGUCUCUUUAAAAAAACAUUUGUCCUUGUAAAAAAAAAUAUUUAUUAAGUGAAGCUCUAUUAUUUUAUGAUAUUUAUUGCGAAACAAAGACAGUCUUAGAUUUACUCAUGUCUGAAUAUAACAGAAAUAUCAAUACUGAGAAAUUAAAGGGUGACACAAACAUUAUGUUAACUUUACUGCAGAAAUAUAUGAAUUAACUAAUAACA